AUGUCUAAAUCGACCAACAACCUCAUUUUUCGCAACUUCUUGACUGACGAUGUCGUGUCCACCAAGGCGACAGCCUUCACGCCGGAUAUCAUCCCCCACUUUGGCAACAAAGUCGAUCCGGCGGUGUUGAUCAGUGAAUACGACCUGUUCAUGAGCCUCCCGCUUCAACCAAGCGAGAUCAACAAUGUCUUUUUCAGAGGACAGACGACCUCCAGCGUUACCGCGGGAUCCAAGACUGCCGUUGUUCUCCGUGCGGUUCCCAGCGAGCUCAUCUUGUGGCCUCAAGUUUGGAACCAGGUCAAGCCCACUGGCCCAGGGCCCCUUGUUAUCGAUACUUCCACUCCCAACUCAGUGGUUGCAUUGGGAACGCCUUUCGCAUUUAAGCCACCAAACAUGGGCGGGUUCAACACCACGCUGAUCGCCACGCAGUCUCCAGUUCCGGCUGUGGUUAACUCGAAGACGCGUUUCAGGGACGCGUUGCAAGCACCUCCUGCUGAUGCCAGCAACUGGCAGGAUAUGGUUGACUUUAUCAACAACGACACGUCCACUGUGUUUUACAAUGUCGUUGUCGCGGACCCUAACGCACCUGUGAUCAGUGUCUCUACACGCCUUCGGGUUAUCGACGAUGGCACAUCCCCUCUCAACUUUUUGAUAACCCUUGCAACUUCGACGAUGCCAGCGGGAACAUCUGUGUCUAUGUCCUCCCCAAGUGGGAUGAUCAAUCUGGACAAGGUCCCUCUCACGGAUGAUAUUGGAGUUCAUGUCAGCCUCUCGGGCGGAUUUGACGACAUCAUCACACUCAACAUCUUCCCCGCGGCAGAAGAUACGAUUGAGACUUUCGCUUGGGUCUCCCUUCAAGCAAGCAUUGUCGUGCCUCAAACUGCUCGUCGUGGUCUCAUCCCCAUCAGCGAAGUCUUUUUGCUUGGGUCCCUCAACGUUGUGUUCCACGAUGACGCUACCACCAACUUGAGGUUCUCGAGUCCAUCCGCCAAUCAGCUUAAAGAACAUCUCAAAGUGAAGAAAGCUGAAGCUCAGGCUGUCGUGGCUAAGGAAGGCACCGUUGGAACCACUGACAUUAUCACUGGUGCCGCAACUGGAUGGUGGUUCCGUGAUGACAUUGGCAACAUAAACCUGUUCCCCCGAACGACCACUCUGUCUCAUUCUCCUGAUAUUCAACCUGUUGGUACAGUUCCGAGGUCGGACUCGCAAACCAUCCUUGGGGGAUCCAAUGCCAACAUAGAUUGGUGCGAUGCGAACGCUGUCGCCGUGAGCGAAGGCGCGCCUAACUACAUCUAUUUGCGAGGAAACUGUACAUUGGGAAGCAACUAUGUCACCGAAUUCAGGUUGUUCUGUGUCCCGAACGCCCUUCUUCUCUAUCCGUCCAACUAUUCGCAAUUCUCGGUCACUGAUUUCGACGAUGAUGGAGACCCGUUCGUUGCUACUCGCACCAUCACAUCGACCUCUGCUAAUAGCUUCAAUGUGAUCUUGACGGCUUUCGACCUUCUGAACCCACUGCCUCCGCCGUCGGGAAGUGACCACUACUGCCUCAUCGCCGAGUCGCGUAAUCCUACUGCCGCCAACCCGGACCCAGACUGGCCGCAUGAAGACACCGGCGCAUUUGCUUCAGCCGCUGGGUUUGAUACAUGGAUUGCUGGCAGCCCCGAUGUGUGCUGGAGGAACAUCACAUACCGGGCUGGUGGUGCUCAAAUGAUCUGCACUGCCAUUUGCGAGAUUCCAGCCGGUGUAUAUCCAUCGUCUGCUGAGUGGACUCUGGAAGUAGAUGCCGAGAAUGCCCCUGUUGGUUCUGCUUGGGCUUUAACUGGCAGCGGUCCUUCCAUUCCCGGUGUCUCGAUCGGUUUCGCUCAGACAACAAUUACUGCCACUAAUGAGAGUCAAGGAUGCCACUUCACGGGUCUUCCCUCGAGCGGCUACACAUUCUCGAUUGUUCUCCAAUGGUUCUCAGAGGGCCACGCUCCCGGGGCUGGCAUGAACUUCUCCUUCCUUUUGUUCACUACUACACCCCCUGCGGCAAACGUGAAUGCCAGCGAUUUCGUCAAGCAACCUGCAACUCUUCCAGAUAACGCAGUCAACUGGCCAUUCACCGUCGGUAUCUACCACCCGGGAGUUGAGAACAAAGGGGAAGGUAAGAAGAGCAACGAAGGAUACCUCGGUCGUCGCUACAAGGAGAUUGGGUCCAACCAAUGGCCAUACGCGCGGGUGGACAAGGAUGACAACUUGAAGUCAAUCCAGCCUAGUAUUGUCUACUCCGUCGGCGGAGACCACUGGAACUUCAGGUUCUCCUAA